AUUAUAGGUUAGAUUCAAAACACGUCAACGUUUAUGCUGUUUUUUCCGCGAACUUUCAUUAAUAAAAAUGAAGUACAUUCUUUUUACAUUUAAUUUUCAGUACAUAAACAUUUAAUACACAAAAUCUUCGUUUUCCAGUUUUAAACAACGUAAAUAAUCGGGUUUUACCUCGAUAAACUGGCUAUAACAACGCCACGAUGUUUUCUUCAAAAGUUAGUGCUUCACUCCGAGUGAAUAACAUUGCUGCGAGAACAUUUAGAAAUAACAACAAAUACAACCGAUGUAACGAACAAUUACCACUUUUGUGCAUUUCAUCAGAAAUAGAUAGUGAAUCGGUGAAUCAACGUUUAUUUUCCAACUUAACCUCUCUUCCUGCAACAUGCAGGUUUUCAACAAUCAGAAAAUUUUCUUCGGAACCUUUGCCAAAAAAUGCCGACGUUUUCGGCGAUAUUGGCCACAGGAAGUUCGACAAAGUCGAAUUGGAUGAUGUAGAGGAAAAGGUAGAGGAAUUCGAGGAAAAUGAAGCACGAAUUCCUCGAAGGCUUAAACCGUCUGCAGGGCAAUAUGCGGAUUUAAUUAAAUCUCACAUUCAGAACGGAGAUUUAUUUUCCGCCGAGAAUGUGCUACAAAUUGUUCAGAAAAAUCGAGAUAAACCGACUCUUUAUAUGUAUAAUCUUAUUAUUAGGGCCUUUGCUCUUCAUGGUGAUGUGAAAAAGUGUUUUAAACUUUAUAACAGUUUAAAAAAACGGGGAAUGAAACCUAAUGAUGCCACGAUCACAAGCUUGUUUAAUGUUUGCUCUAAUUCCUUGGACGAUAUUAAAAGUCUGGAGCAUUUGCAUGAGUUAAGAAGUUACUUACACGAUAAAAAUUACGUGUUAAACGAAACGCAUUACAAUACUCUGGUAAAAGCUUAUGCCCGGCACAAACAAGUAGACGAAGCUUUUCAAUUCUUGGACGAAAUGAGGGACAAGAAUUUGAAAAUUGACGAAAUAACAUUCAACAAUUUGCUUCAUGGAGCCACUUCUCAAAAAGAAACAGGCAUAAAAUACGCUCUCGUCGUUUGGCAUUUAAUGAAACUCAGAAACGUUAAACCAUCUCUGUCUACGUAUAAUCUUAUGCUCAGAGUAAUUCGAGAUACAAAUUUGGGCGAUUUGAAAAUAAACGACGUUUUAGUGGCUGAAUCACAAAAUAGCAAGGUCCAAAUUUCCGAUGGUUCGAGACCUGAUUUAUUAGCAACGCCCCCUGUUGUACGUUCAGUUCCUCUGGUUCCCAUUGUCCAUGAGACUAGAAAUAAAGACAGAAGGAAUCAAAAGAAAAACAGAAAGGAUCAAAAUAAAAAAGGAAGAGAUCAAAAUCCAAGCAAAAGUGAGGAGGCUGCACUCUCGGAACAAAACUCUUCACCGGAUGAUUUAUUCCCACAGAUGCCUCUGGAUCAAAUCAUACAGAAAAAUCGAUUGAUUCUUUUCGGGGGCUUCGAGGGAAUUUUGAAAAGAAUGGAAGACGAUCAAGUCGUUCCGGAUGUGAAAACAAUAACUUUGUUGAUGGAAUUAAUUCCUAAUACGAAAGAAGCUGAAAAGCAAGUUAUUCGUCAUGCACAUAAUAAGAAGAUCGGUUUGGACAUCGAUUUUUAUAAUUGCCUGAUUAAAAGAAGAUGUUUCAGAUUUGAUUACAAGGAUGCAAAGGAUGUUCUUGCUGAUAUCGAAAAAGAGGGGCUUCAACCGGACAAUUUCACAUGGGGAGCUUUAGCUCUCGCGUGUCAAAAACCAGAUGAAGGCAGAGAAAUGUUAACUUGUUUAGAUUCGAUUGGAAUCACUCCCAAUUAUUUUGUAUACGGUGCUUUGAUUCGAGCUGCCUGCGAUAAAAUGGAAAUUGACUAUAUCAUAGAAUUAAUGGAAUCAAUGGAGUACAAACGAGUCAAACCUAGUCGCCAAAUUUACGGUAUGCUCGAUAAUUUUAAAGUAAAAGCAGCUGAGGCCAUCAGAGAAAAGAAUCCGAAAAUCAAGGAUCUCCCGAAGUUCCAGAUCGGCUUGACGAAAUUCAAAUUAAGGUAUUCCAAAUGGCAAAAGAAAAUGGGACGUGAUAAUACUGUCUAUAGAUCAUCCUCAAGUUUCUAGUGAAUAAGUUUAUAAUUAAUAAUUACGAUUUUUACAGAGUAACUUAUACAUAAGAAUGUAGAAAAUAAAUUCGAAACUUGUAAAUAAAAGAUUAUCUCCAGU